AUGGGCCGCUACACGACAACGCAGACGUUCAGCGACCAGGACGCACAGGGAGCUGCGGUGCCGUAUGCGUCGGCAGCCACGACGUCGUCUGCGCCGUCGGACGCGAGCGCCGCGCCCACUCACGACGCAAAGGACGCGGCGGGUCUUCGUGUCAAGCGCGUCGAUAAUGUCUCUGGCAGCGGCGCAGGCGCUGGUAGCGGAGACUUUCACACGUAUCGGGCGUCGCGGAGACGUGAGAUGGAGCGCGUUGCCGCUAUGGAGCAGCGGUACAAGCAGAACAAGGCGCAGCAGGAGUUUGAAGAGAGGCGCAAGCGCAACGCCGAGGAGUUCCAAGCCAAGGCCGAGAAACGCGCGGCCAAGCGACGACGACGCAAAGAACGAGCCAAAGCACUGGCCAUGGGAGGCGACUCAGACGGGCGAAAGGCGAACGAGAAUGAGGCGAGUGCAGAGCAGAAAGUGCCGGUGCUGGAGACGCCAGGCGGCGUGCCCGAGAUUCCAAACGACGGGAGUUUUCUGGAAAAGAUGCUGGCGCUGCAGAAGGAACAGGAAGAGGACAAGCAAGAGGAACAGGUGACGGAGGAUGGGAAGAGGGACGCGAGUGAACACGACAGACAGAGACGUCUGCUGCUGCUGCUCGACGAGCGCGGAAGAGUUUUGGUGAUCGGUUUUUGCCAGGUGGAAGACAAGCGCGACGUCGUGUUGCAUGCACUUGGUGCGCUCGCAAUCGACUGCCAGGCAAAGUGUGCAUGUGACUAUGGAAAGAAGACGCAUGCGGGAUACUGGCCUUCUGCACGGUUGAAGCUAUGA